CACAGCGGAGAGAGAGCCACACGGAGAGAGCGAGAGAGAGAGAAGGCCUCUCUCACUGUGGUCAAGCUCCAGUAUUUUAGACUUUAACACUUGGAAAGGACACCUGGCUGUCAGCUUUGAGGCAACAUUCAUACCUCCACGUGGAUCUACCUGCCUUUUUUGGGAUUCUACCAGUUUACCAUCUUGCCUUUUGGAUUUCCUGUGCUCCGGCUCUUUUCUUUUGCACUCUGACUCUGAACUUAACUUCUAAGGCACGUUGAGGCUUGAAGGAGCUGAGCAGAAGCUUUCUUCCUAAACUUUUGCUUCGGAGAAGAGAAGUUCUGGUAAGAGGAUGCUGCAGGGAGUCAGAGUGAGGCUGAGUCCCACCUGAAGCCCCUUCCCCCUUCCCCACCACCGCACGGCCCUCCGCCCCCCACCGCCCCAGGAUGCACUGCCCGUGCCGAGGGAAGCUGAAGCUGCUGCUGGCAUCUCUGAGCUUCAUCGUUCUGCUCACCUGGCUCUACCUGCUCGCAGGCAACCUGGAGAACGGGCGCUCCCUGCUCCUCUCGCCGUGCGUGGUGGAGUCCACUGAGGCUCGUCUGCUGGAGCGGGACGUCCUGGAGUCGCGGGUCCGAGAGGUGGAGGAGGAGAACCGGCAGAUUCGCCUCCAACUCAGCCAAUCACAGAACCUAGCGGCUCAGCCUGCCGAGGGUAACUAUGGCAACCAGCAGUGGGUGGCGUCGGCAGACACGGGUCCGGAGGAUGUGGAGAAUACUGCAGAGGAGCGAGCCAAUCACAGCGAGUGUGCACGGUCACCCACUGCGGAAAAGUGUGAGCUGAUUCAUGUUGCAUGUGUGUGUGCGGGUCACAACGCCAGCCGAGACGUGGUCACCCUGGUCAAAUCCAUCCUGUUUCACAGGAGAAACCCACUGCAUUUUCACUUCAUCACCGACACGGUGGCCAAUCAGAUCCUCAGCACUUUGUUCCAGUCGUGGAUGGUGCCCUCGGUGCAGGUCAGCUUUUACGACGCUGACGAACUGAAGUCGGAGGUGUCAUGGAUACCCAAUAAACACUAUUCAGGAAUUUAUGGCCUGAUGAAGCUCACCCUGACCAAAGCUCUGCCCUCUGACCUCUCCAAGGUCAUUGUGUUAGAUACAGACAUUACCUUCGCCACCGACAUCGCAGAGCUGUGGGCCAUCUUCAAGAAGUUCACAGAGAAACAGGUGAUUGGGCUGGUGGAGAACCAGAGCGACUGGUACCUGGGAAAUCUCUGGAAGAACCACAAACCCUGGCCUGCUCUGGGACGCGGCUUCAACACAGGGGUGAUCCUGCUGUAUCUGGAGAGGCUGCGCAGGAUCGGCUGGGAGCAGAUGUGGAGGCUGACGGCUGAGAGGGAGCUAAUGAGCAUGCUCUCCACCUCCCUCGCUGACCAGGAUAUAUUCAAUGCUUUCAUCAAACAGAACCCCGUGCUGGUUCACCAGCUGCCCUGCUUCUGGAACGUUCAACUAUCAGACCACACUCGCUCUGAACAGUGCUACACUGAAGUGUCUGACCUUAAGGUUAUUCACUGGAACUCCCCUAAAAAGCUGAGGGUAAAAAACAAGCAUGUGGAAUUUUUCCGGAAUCUUUACUUGACUUUCCUGGAGUAUGAUGGGAAUCUUCUCCGGCGGGAGCUUUUCGGGUGUCCAAGUCAGGCCAGCUCUGAGAGCACAAAGCUUCAGAAUGCAUUAGAGGAGCUGGACGAGGAUGACCAGUGCUAUGAUUUCCGGCGGGAGCGGAUCAUGGUGCACCGUGUCCAUUUGUAUUUCCUGCAGUAUGAGUACACGUCCACUGAGGACGACACAGACAUCACGCUGGUGGCCCAGCUGUCCAUGGAUAGGCUCCAGAUGCUGGAGGCCAUCUGUAAACACUGGGAGGGACCCAUCAGCCUGGCUCUCUAUAUGUCUGAUGCUGAAGCCCAGCAAUUUCUGCGCUAUGCCCAGGCCUCAGAGGUCCUCAAAAACCGCAAGAACGUGGGCUACCACAUCGUCUACAAAGAAGGCCAGUUCUACCCCGUUAAUCUGGUCCGCAACGUGGCCCUCCGUAAUGCCAAAACACCUUACGUCUUUCUGACCGACAUAGACUUCCUCCCUAUGUAUGGGCUCUAUGAUUACCUCAGAAAAUCCAUCGUCCAGUUGGACAUGGCUAACACCAAAAAGGCUCUGGUGGUGCCAGCCUUCGAAACCCUGAGAUACCGUCUCUCUUUUCCCAAAUCCAAAGCUGAAUUGCUGUCCAUGCUGGACAUGGGGACUCUCUACACCUUCAGGUACCAUGUUUGGACCAAGGGUCAUGCACCAACCAAUUAUGCCAAAUGGAGGACGGCCACUACACCCUAUAAAGUGGAAUGGGAGGCAGAUUUCGAGCCCUAUGUGGUGGUCAGACGGGACUGUCCCGAAUAUGACCAGAGAUUUGUUGGCUUUGGCUGGAACAAAGUCUCCCAUAUCAUGGAGCUUGAUGCACAGGAGUAUGACCUGAUUGUGUUGCCGAACGCCUUCAUGAUCCACAUGCCCCACGCACCUAGUUUUGACAUUUCAAAGUUUCGCUCCAGUCCCAGUUACCGGUACUGCUUGACGACACUAAAAGAUGAGUUCCACCAAGAUCUUUCUCGAAAGUAUGGUUCUGCUGCUCUGAAGUACCUCACCGCUCAGAGGAACAUUUAAUCUCAGCCCUUCAUGUUCAUCUGGACACUUUAAUGUUAACAGGAGUUAACAUGUUUGAGUUUCUGGAGGCCUUUUGGCCACGUGCUGCUCUGCGACAGGUGUCCAAGAUGUCUGAGGCUACUAAACUGCUCUUUCACUAACAUCUGUAUCUGUACCAAAUCUGCUAAGUGCAGAUCAGAAGACUGGAGCUUUAAACCUUGUUUCUGAACACAGUUGUUACAAGCAAGACACAAAACAGUGACGUCAGCACUAUCCCAAUGUCAAAAGACUGGAGUGUAACACAAAGGAUGGCUAAUACUUGACCAAACAUUUCAACUGCUGCUUAGCAGGCCCUAAAUGAAGCCUACUGUGUGUGUGAUGUUGGAGGUCUGGACACUUGCUUAAAAGCAUCAAGACAAAGAUUCUGAUCAAGGCUCUUUUUUUUUGACAAUCAGGGCUUUUUCUCCACAUGGUGUUCGGUAGCUUUUGCUCCUGGAAGCAGGUGGGUUGAGUGAGCCUGGAAACAGGUGGGUUGAGUGAGCCUGGAAGCAAGUGGGUUGAGUGAGCUGUGCUGAAGAAAUGAGCUUCUUCUGUUGUACCAGAGGCUGAAGAGGUCAAGACGACUAGAGGAACAAAUUGAAGCCUUAUCAUUUCCUCAAAUAUUUAAGAUAUUUAUGAUUUUUUCUUUCCUUUUUAAAGAAUAUGGUAAAUUAAUUAUGGACAUGUAUGUCUUGAUUAUGAGACUGACCUGAAAAACAAAGCAAAAUCACAUUAUUUUUUAAUUUCUAUAAACGGAGUACCUUAGGUGACCGAGAGAGAGAAUGCUUGACAGAGACGCGUACCUUGUCAUGUGGGGACGCUACAGAAAACCAUGUAGAGCAUAUUUUCUGUUAGGCAUGAUGGGUUGUCUGGUUGCUGCAUUUAUGACUGUCACUUGACAAAGUUGCCACAUAUUAUGGCAUGCUUAUUCCAUAACCGGCAUCAUAGUGUUUAGAUAUCUCAUAUCUCAGCAGCUUUCAUCUCAAACUCACUCUGACCACUCAACUGUACAUUUCAAGAAAUGUUUGUUUAUUUGAAAAAGAAGAAUAUCUACUAUGAUGAUCAUUACAAUUAGAGAUUCUUAUUAGGGACCAUCAAAGGGACACCCGUUUUGCUCUCUUUUGGAAGUAAAUGUUGAUUUUAGACUGUGUUAUUCACUAUUGGUCAAUGCUGAUAAAUUACUGUACCUGUCAAUCUAUAUUGCAACCACUAUUCACUAAGAAAGGAUCUAUAAGUAUAUCAAAAAAGUCUACAACACUGUACGCAAAUCUACAAAUACUGUGCAAACUCCACCAAAAUGGUAUAAAUUGACGUAUCCAUGCCACGCCCACAAAUGCUUUCUUUUGUAGCUACUGUUGCUACAUUGCUAGCUUCAUAGAACAUUGACAAACAUCCCUUUCAAUCUAAUAUUUUAGUUUGGAAUUCAGAUUUGCUAUAUGAGAAUGAGUUUCUGGUUUAAAGUGCCCUGGUGUGUUGUAGCUAAUCCAAAUUAGAGAUGUUGGAAAGCAACAACAAGGAAUUUGCCACCAAGCUAAUGCUAGCUCUAUUACAAGACCAAUAAACUACACCCAAUAUAUUCUUACAGUAACUACGAUUACAUGCACACCAAUGGUUAGAUAUUAGUCUAACUGAGGCUGCUAGUCUAAAUAAGCUAUGAUGAUGUAAACAGAUGUGUUUGACUGUCAUGGGUUUAGUCCUCCUAGGCUUAGCCUGAUAAAACAUGCUCCAGGCUGAUAUAUUGGCCCGCACUGUUUGAGAUAGAUUAGAUCGCUCCACCGAUCCACCAAGACAGGCAAAAUGUUAGUAUUUGUAGAGGAAGAAAGAGACAUCACUCUGUUUUCCACUUAGCGCAGACGUAGUUGAUCAGCUAAGGCAUGUUUGGUGUCCAUUUCUUUAGUUUAGCACUGCAGCUAUGAGGCUAAUGUUGCUAACAAACACUAGAAGUCAGUAGCCACCCAAAACUUUCCUCUAAGUACAUUUCCAAAACUUCCCUCAACCUACUCAAACCAUAUCCAGGUCUUCAUUAAGGACAUUCAGACUUGUCAACGUGGUUUGGGACGCAGUAUAUCUAGCUGUAGCUAUAAAAAUAAACAAAACUUUAUUGUAUAGGUAGCAGCCACUUUAGAUAACAUGUGUUGGUUCUAUUUACAUGCAUAUCAUCACUAGACCAGCAUUGACCAGAACAGUUGGGGGAUAUUUCACAAAGCAAGAUUUCUCAGCCAGAUAAUUGAAGCCCAAAGAUGAGGACUGUCCAAUAGGAAUGUCCCUCUGCUCUUUUCCUAUUGGACACGUUUGACUUUGGGCUUACGUUAUCUGGCUAACUAAGAAAUCCUGCUUUGUGAAAUACCCACCUGGUCACCAGACAAAACAGCAUGUUGUGUUUUAGAUGCUGAUAUGCUGGAUAAACAGAAUAAGAUUGAAUCAUUCAUAAAGAGAAACAACACAAAGCAGGAACAUAACAUAGCAUUGAUGAGCCUGUGACAUGCAACUAUCCCCCUGUUGCCUGAAACAGCUAACUGCUGUAUUCAGCUACACAGUGAUGUUUUGUUUAUAUUGUAGCUCACACUGUGUCCUCAAGCACAUCAACAAGUCUGUGCGACCUAAAUGAAGACGAUGGGGUCUGAGUGAGUUAAGAGAAGUUUUGGGGAUGUUUUUAUGAAAAUGAUUUGGGUGACUAUUGACUUCUCUAGAGUUUGUUAGCAACAUUAGCCUGGUAGCUCUAGUGCUCAACUAAAGAAGCACAAUUUGGACCCCUGACCUAUCUUGGCUGAUCCACAACAUCUGGGGAAAGUGGAAAACUGUGUAAAUUAGAUUUUUUUUUUUAUUCCUUUAAACAUUUAGUCAAAAGUGGACAUUACAUAUAAAAAUGGAAAAAUUACCUUAAAAUGGCAGGAAACUCAUAUGUGGAUAAACGUAUGUGCUUCAUGGUAGAGGCGGCACUUCGGCCCAGUUUUAUUGUGUGCAUGUUAGCACAGAUACUGUCAUUUCCCACACAUACAAAAACAUCGUUUGAGGCUCCUGAGUGGUGCAACCAUCUAAGUGUUGGCCCUAUUAUCAGGAGAUCACAAGAUCCCUAGUGAUGCUACAACCCCCUAUUUUCCCCCAUCUCUCAGUGUGAUGCUAGUCAGUGCAGUCUGUUAGCUGAUGUAACAGAACUGGCGGUUGGCACUUUCCUCCAAGUGUGUUUAGCUGUCUAAUGGCGUUGCGUUGCAGUGCCACUUCACAGAUCUCAGAGGAAGCCUUUGCUAGCUUAUGCCCUCCUAGCACUGGUGGUAUCGUGUUACUGUGGGUAACUAGUGGGUGGACGAAAUUGCGGAGAAAAUUGGGAAAAUGUUCCUAAAAAUAAAAAAAAACACAAUUUAAAGUAAAUAAUGCACAAUUUAGACUUGUUUCAGACUUCAGAGUUGUGUGCUUUAAUUUAGCAUUUUUGCUAGCACUCUGCAAACCUUGUCCAAGCUAGCAACCGAGCACAUCUGUGAAGCAUAGAUACGUCAAUUUUAGCUUGGUUUGCAGUGGAGUAAAUUUGGAGCUCAAUGUGAGAUAUUUCACUGGAUCAUUUAAUUUCAUCCGUCUUGCAUCGUUCACAUCCCUCCACUGCGUAGACUGCAUAAAUCUGCAGUACAUGCCUGUGCCUUUGCUGUAUUGUGAACUGGAUAUUGAUUGUACUACUGUACACGUCAGCGGGGCCUGCAAGAGGUACUCUAUUUAUUAUUGUUGACUUAAAUCAAUCAUAUUUUUCUAUGUAGGGGACAAAAGUGCUUUAAAUAAAUUUACCCUUUUUCUAA